AUGCUCCGCCGCCCGCCGACAACACUCCAAAUCACAGCCGAGGACAUUGCCGCGUACGAAGACCGGCGCGCGAGCGAGGCGCUCCAGGCGGCGCAGCAGGCCCACGCGGCCGAGGUCGCGGCCAGGGCGACGUCCAAGGCCGGGGCCGGAGAGGCGGCGACGCAGCAGACGACGGCGGCUAUGGGGGAUCUCGGGCUCGGGCAGGCGAUGGAGGGCGUGCAGGAGGAUGCGGAAGGGCGGGCGAGGAGGACGAGGGAGGAGAGGAAUGAGAGGAUUGGGGUGGGGAGGAGGGCGAGUCCGGUAUUGAAUGCUUGGUAUCAACCUGUUCUAGCCAAUGUCCUGAUGAUGCAUCUCCUCCCGCCCGUUUGUCAAAACACACGCAAACGUUUUCCCCAUCGAUGA